UACUGUCAAUGCACUCUCUGUCCCAGCACUUCUGUCUCUUAAAACUCUUUAGUUUCCCAACGAGCCAGUCAGAUGAGGCACAGCCGCGCUGAUGAAGUCGCAGAAAACGGGAACAAACUCAUUGAUUCACACUAAGCCUUGGGGAUCAACAUUUCAAAAGCGUUAAAAUAUGGUAUAUGCAAAUUAUCACAGUUGACAAGGGCUUUCGUGGUGUCUACUAGAGGCAUGGCUUUCCUGAUCACUUUCUUUUACUUGGCUUGUGUAGUCUAUGUCUUGGGAGAACAGCAAAGUGAAGUGAGUGUCUAUUCCGAAAACAUCACACGUAUUUUAGACAGGCUAUUGGACGGAUAUGACAAUAGAUUACGACCUGGAUUUGGAGGUCCUGUUACAGAAGUCAAAACUGACAUCUAUGUUACCAGUUUUGGUCCUGUUUCUGAUGUUGAAAUGGAAUACACCAUGGAUGUGUUCUUCCGACAAACAUGGGUUGAUGAGAGAUUGAAAUUUGACGGGUCCAUUGAAAUACUGAGGAUUAACAACAUUAUGGUUAGUAAGAUAUGGACACCUGACACCUUCUUCAGAAAUGGCAAGAAAUCAAUUGCACACAACAUGACGACUCCAAACAAGCUCUUCAGAAUCAUGAAGAAUGGGACAGUACUCUAUACAAUGAGACUUACCAUCAAUGCAGAGUGCCCCAUGAGACUAAUGAACUUCCCAAUGGAUGGGCAUGCAUGUCCUUUGAAGUUUGGUAGCUAUGCCUAUCCAAGAAGUGAAAUAAUUUACACAUGGAAGAAAGGGCCAAUGCAUUCUGUUGAAGUACCACAAGAAUCAUCAAGUUUGCUUCAGUAUGAUCUCAUAGGACAGACAGUUACAAGUGAAAUACUAAAAUCCAACACUGGUGAAUACAUAGUUAUGACAGUUUACUUCCACCUGCAAAGGAAGAUGGGCUACUUCAUGAUUCAGGCAUACAUUCCGUGCAUAAUGACAGUGAUACUUUCUCAGGUGUCUUUCUGGAUCAAUAAGGAGUCAGUUCCUGCUAGAACUGUAUUUGGCAUCACAACUGUACUGACUAUGACAACGCUCAGUAUCAGUGCCCGACACUCCUUGCCAAAAGUGUCCUACGCCACUGCCAUGGACUGGUUUAUCGCCGUGUGUUUUGCCUUCGUCUUCUCUGCACUCAUUGAGUUUGCUGCUGUCAACUAUUUCACCAAUCUUGAGACUCAGAAGGCGAUGACAAGGAAGACAAGAGCAGCAGCACUAGAGGCAGAGACUCAAGCAGUGGACGGCGAGAUCGUCUUGCAGCAAUCAGACUCCAAUUUCAACGUAAAGAAGAGAAUAAACUGUGUGGUUUCCCAUGGUGAACCACUUGAAGAAAAGGAUGUACUGUAUGCUUUGCCACAACCACAGUUUCUUCAGCAGGGAUCUGCCAUACCUUCUAACCCGAAUACUAUUACUGGAACUAGCAAGAUAGACAAGUAUGCCAGAAUUUUUUUCCCAUUAUCGUUUGGUGCAUUCAACCUGGUGUACUGGGUCGUGUAUCUGUCUAAGGACACAAUGGAGAUGGACUUCCACACAAGUCAUUCUUGAAGGGACAGCAUAAUCCCUCAGACGUCACUCAACAAAUACAAAUACAGUGAAAUGGCUGGAGACCCUGCUACUAUCUUUCUGUUGCUUUUUGUACUGUAUCUUCUUAGGGAAUCAUGCUCUCUCCCCGGUUUCAGCACCUUGACUUCGUGGUGGGGCCCCUGUUCAUUUAUACGUUCUGUCUUAGGCACUACUUUAAUUUAAUUGAAUGCAGGUAUUCUGUUCCCUCGUGUAGUGCGUAUGCUGCUCUGGUGCUUUUCUUUUCAUGUCAAUGCUUUCAGUUUAAAUCAGGGUUUUUAAAGCAGUAGCUGAACUCAUGGUAUACAACCCUCUAGGCUUGCACUUCUCUGUUGCAAAUGAAAACAUGCAUGCAAAGCAUGCAAAUAUCAAAUACUCUCUUUAUAUUGGCAUCUUGUCAUUACUGACAGUGAGUAUUUUGGGGGCAAACAGUUUGGCCAUAAUGUUACAUAAAACAUUUCAUAUCACAGAUAUAUGCUUGCAAAAAAAAAAAAAGGUUUACAACUAAGAAAUAGUAUCUUAGUGUUAUGAACAGGGUACAGUAAUGUAGUAAAGCACAGGAUCGAGCUGCAUAAGGGUACAAGCUAGUAGUGUAUUUAGUAAUAAUGCCUUUUGCAUUAUUCAAAUAGUAUAACCCAGACUGUUUUAUUACAUUAGCUGUUUCUAAAACUAACUUAAAAUUCUACUACUUCACAGGUUUUUAAUUUGUAUUUAUUACUGUUCAUGCUGGUAACAUUAUUAUGUAUCUAUUUGGCAGACGCCUUUAUCCAAGGCGAUUUACAGGUGUUACAGGGCAAGAUUAAUUCAAUAGGUUAACAUAGCAUUA